UGUAGACACUGUCAGAACGAUGGAAAAGAUGUUCGUAGUGAUAUUGGUCCUGUGCUGUGCGGGUCUGUGCAGUGUGCAGGCCUUCCGACGUCCGGAAAAGACGUGCCAGCAGCUGGCUGACAUGAUAGAAAUCGACCUGCGUGUUGAACGUGGUAUCAGCAUCAGUGAAGACGACCCGGCCGGUGAAUUGGGUUUUGUAACUGGACGCUCCAGCAACUCGGAUUGGCAAGUCACCUGGUAUAACGACCACGAUGGCACCUACCGCAUGGGGGCGGAUAAGAAGUACGACUUGUUCCCCGCUGGCCUUGGCUGCCGACCGGAGGCCAGUCAGGGUAAUCUUGAACCAUCUGAUGUCUGCUGCACGGCAGAGUGUACACAUAUCAUCAUUUCUGGGUCUACCACUGAGCAAACUUCCCGGAUGACCCACUACACCCUGACUCAUCAGAAACACGAUGGACGACCCGUGUACGCCAGUGACACGACAGCUGACUUCCUCUACUACUAUGAACCCUACUCCCAUUGGAAUGUUGGUCCUUCUGUCGGAAGCACCCGUGCUUACAUGUACGUAUACGACAGCGCAAUGAGCCCGGAACAAAUCCAGGGUACAUGGAAACUUACAGUGAACCACGUGUGGACUUCAUUUUCCUCCGUCAAGGCAACGUGUGCGGAAUGUCGUGAAAUCACCAUCUCUGGAUCCGACCAUUUCCAAGAAGCCCGCAUGACCACCUACAGUCUCACCAGCCAGAUCAACGACGGACGCCCCGUGUACUCCAGCGACACCACAUCUGACUACCUCUACUUCUAUGAACCCUACGAUGCCUGGAGGGUCGGGUCUACUGUCGGAGAUCGUUACAGUUCCUUGACUGCAACCGACAGUCACCUGUACCCUGAGCAGAUUGAUGCUUCAUGGUAUGUGUGGGACGGCAGUCUGUGGGUGCCAUAUCCUCGAGUUCAAGCAAGAUGCACAGAUAUCGAUGACUGUGCCUCUUCUCCUUGUGAAAACGGCGGGUAUUGUUCCGAUCAGCACAACUCCUACUCGUGUUCCUGUCGGUCUGGAUGGCAGGGAGACAACUGUGAACAGGACAUAAACGAGUGCCUCACAUAUCCCUGUAACAGCGGCUACACCUGCCAGAAUCACCCCGGUCAUUACGUCUGCGUUGCUAGAGGUUUGCAUCUGCUGAGGGACUGGACAGCCGGAUCCAUCUGCAAUCCUGAGUCCUGUGCCGACGGCUGGACUUGUGAAGCCCGGGAGCGAGGCUAUGCCUGCCUGUCGAACCAGUAACAACCACUCUGCCCAAGCCUUCUGACCAAAGUCACAGAAACAGCACAUGUGACAGGUCAGAUCGUUUAGGUGGAAUGUGCAAAGACAUGCCAUGUCAUGCCGCAUGAAUAAAAGUUUUGAAAUCAGA